AUGCGACCCAGCCGCGCCCCACCAAAGCAGGAGGCGCAGAAAGCCAGGGCUUUGCCGAAUCUGCAGAAGUCAGCAUCUGUGCCCGCUGUUCAGAGGCACGGCCAGCCCGUCCAAAGAGAGGGCCAACAGCUUCCGCGGCUUCUGGGCAGCUCUUCUCAGCCAGCAGUGAGGGAAAGCAAAGACAAAGGCGACAAAGGCGAGCAGAAGCAGAAAGAGCGGAAUGAUCGGAAUGCAGAGCGCGCGAAAGUGAAAGAGCCGAGGCCAUCAGAGAAGAAGUCGGAUGCAAAGAAGUUGGACCACCCAAAGUCUGCCGUGGUGAAGCCAGAGGGUGACAAAGUCGAGGCGAAAGCUGCAAAGGCCGACGGCAAGGCCAAGGAGGAUGUCGAGAUCGUGGCUACGCGAGAAAUGCGCCGCGAGCUGCUUGAGGUCUUGUCGAAUCCGCAGAUCCGCGAGAUUGCAGCGAAGUACUACAACGCGCAGCUCCGCGGCAGCCGCGGGACGGGCCGCCUCGGCUUCCGCGAGCUGCGCCACGUGCUCCGGGCCUUGAACCAACACUUCGGGCUUCCCGUGCCGGCUGCACCCAUGGCCCAGCGCUGA